AUGGCUAAAUUCUAUGAUGAAAUACCCGAAUCUCUCAUCGAAUGGAUCAAGAAACAGCACAUGUUUUGGGUAGCUUCGGCUCCCCUGAGCCCUGACGGACAUAUAAAUCUCUCCCCCAAGGGCACAGCGGAUAGUUUUCAUGUCGUGAACUCUCGUCGAGUUUGGUAUCAGGAUUUGACCGGAAGCGGAGUGGAAACGAUAUCUCAUAUCAGGGAGAAUGGUCGCGUAACGAUCCUGUUCAGUGCCUUCGAAGGACCUCCCAGGAUUUUGAGAUUGUUCGGAACAGGAACUGUAUACGAAUUUGGUACAGAAGAGUACGAAUAUCUUAUUUCUCCUGAGACUCGGAAGCCGGGCUCCCGUGCAGCUAUCGUCAUCGAUGUGUACCAGUGUCAAACGACAUGUGGAUUCGCUGUUCCAAUCUAUGAUUUCGUUACACAUCGCACCCAACUCCUCCGAAUGGCCGAUAUGGACGAGUCACGCAACUGUGUUUCAAGCACCGUAUCCUCCUCAGAGACCGAUAAGAAGGGUAUCAAAGCACGUUGGGCACGAAAUAACUUGAGAAGCAUUGAUGGUCUGCCUGGUCUGCUCGUAGCACCUGAUUCCAAAGUGACGCCUGUCAAUAAUUUUAACAAGGAAAGUCAAAGACCAAAGUUGCGAUACUCAUCUUCGAGAGAGGGAAGCUCCCAGAGCAGCGGUGCAAAUGUAGCCAUUGGUUUUGCCCUUGGUGCCUUGGUCGCUACUGCCAUUCCUUACAUCCUAUCUGUUACCAGAAAUCUAGUUAUGCACCUUUUUCUAUUGCGAGAUGGUAGACUCAAGGUGAAAAGUGGUUUGUCGCAUUUGUUUUACUGGAACACUAGUCAGCGACUGAUUGGCUCUCCCCACUCUCCUCUAGUCCGAUCUUCUAAAAGAAUGAUAAUUCCCAUGGCCAAGUACUAUGAUGAAAUACCUGAAUCUCUCAUUGAAUGGGUUAGGAAACAGCACAUGUUCUGGGUUGCUUCAGCUCCUCUUGGUCCUGGUGGACACGUCAAUGUCUCCCCCAAGGGUACAGCGGAAUGCUUCCAUGUGGUGAACUCUCACCGAGUUUGGUACGAGGAUUUGACUGGAAGUGGUGUGGAGACUAUAUCUCAUAUCAGGGAGAAUGGUCGCAUAACGAUUCUGUUUCACUCCUUCGAGGGACCUCCUAGGAUCUUGAGGUUGUAUGGGACAGGGACUGUAUACGAAUAUGGCACGCAAGAGUAUGAAUCUCUUAUUCCUCCUGAGACUCGUAAACCGGGGUCUCGUGCGGCUAUCGUCAUCGAUGUAUACCAGUGUCUAACGUCGUGUGGAUAUGCUGUUCCGAUCUAUGACUUUGUUACGCACCGCACUCAACUCCUCCGAUCGUUCGACAUAAAAGAGUCACAUGACCGCGCUACUGUCUCCACAGAGAUUAAUCCGAAGGGCCUUAGAGCAUAUUGGAUGCGACAGAACCUCUCAAGCGUGGAUGGUCUUCCCGGUCUGCUUACAGCACCUGAGUCCAAAGCAACGUGCUCCAGCGUUUUUGACAAAGGUCCAAGACCGAAGUUGCACCGUUUGUCUUCCAGGGAUGCGGGCGUCCUGGGUACCGGCGCGACUUUAGCGAUUGGUUGUGCCAUUGGUGCAUUGGUAGCUACUGCCCUUCCCCGCAUUCUUUCCGUCACUGGGAACUUCGGUACGCGAACCUGA